AUGUCAUCGUAUUCAAAUCACAAAUAAACAUUUCAUAUUCAGCACCCUACAAGUUUAAGUAAUUAAAACUAAUCUACAGCCUAUGGUUUGUUUGCUGAUGAAUUAGAAAGCACAGUUUCUAGCAAUUUGAGUGGCAAUUAAACAAAUAAUAUUGUUGUUUAAACAAAGCAAAGUUGGAAUAAAAGUAAUAAUCGCAAGUCUCAAAGAAGAUCUGAAUCAAUUAAAUAAGUUAAAAAACCAAUAUAUGAAAGAAAUCCUUUUACUGAAUCCCUUGGAGAGUCUUCAAUCCAAGAUCUAGAACAGUAAAUGUUUAAUAAGAAGUUUAUGCCAGUUAGAAUAACUAUCAGGUAAGUACAUGAGAUGUGCAGGUAGUUUGGAGUGAAGAGAUUUGGCAAAAAUGAAAGAAUGAUAACAUCAUACACUGAAAUGGUAGAUAAAAUGUUUAAAUCUGAUGAGAUGAGAUGUUCAAUAGAUUUCAUUAGUAAGCUAGAAUCUAGUUUAUUUUGCUACAUUUUAAAAGAUUUUACUUGCUUAACUCAUGUAAUGCUCCAUUCAGACUAAUGCGGACCUAAAGAGCUCCAAAGGCUUGAGGAUAGCUAUAAAAGAGGAAAUAAAAAGGCUACUAUAUUUGACUUUAUGCACAAAUUUGAAAAUAAUCCAAAAGCUCAAGCAAUGAUGAAUAAUUUGUUAGAUUAAUCUUUUAAUCAAAAUACUGGUGGUGGUAACACGAGUGUCAGUUUCAGCAUUAAUAAUACUACUAAUGUUAAUUCUAGCGGUGGUGACGUUUAAUCUAAAUCUAGUGAAAAGAAAUGCUCAUAAAAUUAUAAGAUAAAUACUCUUAUCCUCCCAGGUGUUUUAAAGAAUAUUGCAGUUUCUAAAAAUCUAAAAGUUCUUCACUUUGUGCACUAUAAAUUCAAUUCUUAGUGUUGGGAAGACAUCGGUGUAGCAGUAGGGAAUUCAAAAACGAUGAAGACAUUUGCCUGUAAUGCAUGCAAUUUACAUUCACUUAAUCAUCUAGAGAUGCUGAUGAAAGGAUUGCUUUCUAAUAAUUCAAUAGAAAAACUUGAUUUGUCCGAUAAUCAAAUAGGUGAUUAAGAAUCUAUUUAUAUUGUUAGAUUCAUGAAACAGUAAGGUGAAAAAAGAGAAAAUACUCUUUGGAUGACUGGUCUUAGACAUUCUGAUUAUGAUUCUAAACCUUACUAAAAUCCAUCAGAAGAAAAUUAAAUGUCGAAUUUAGUUAUGCAGCCUAACUCCCCUUACAAAAAUAUUUAAAUGAUUUAAAGUAGAUAUUUUUAGAAAAAAGAUAGGAUUAAAAAUAGGAAAGGUUUAAGAGAAGUUAUACUUAAAAGAAACUAUCUAGGCUCAUUUUUUAUGGAAAAUUUAUAAAAAUGCUUAAGAUAUGAUAGAUUUAUUAAGAUGGUCGAUCUUUAAGGUAAUAGAUUUUAACAAUAGGAUAUUAAAUAAUUGAUAAAAUUUUCUCUCAGAGAGAACACAUCAUUAGUAUCGAUUGAUGUCCAAAACAAUCCAGGUUGUACGGAGAAAUACAAAAAGUAAAUAGCUUUAUGCUUGCUUAAGAAUAUUGAAAUGAUGAAAAGAGAUGGUAUUGAGUUAAAGGAAGAAUGGUUUAGACCAGAAGUUUUGACUUUUAAAAUACCAAACAGGAUUCUAGAAGGACUAGGAAUUAAUGUAAUAAUCAAGAAAAAGUAAUCUUUAAAUCACACAUACAAUGGUUCUAUGAGUAAUUCUCAUUCAGGUAGUCCGGCAACAGGAAGAAUAAGGCAAAAAUCAGUCAACAAUAGUUCAAUGCACAAAAAAAUUAUAUCCAAAAGUAGAAAUGAUUUUCCAAAAUAGCAACCAACUGAUGAAUCAUAGCACAAUUAAGAUCUUCUUAAUCUAAAGAUAGUUGUGAAGAAGUCUUAGAGAUCUAUCAAGAGUUCCACACGACACGCAGUUGAUCACAAUUUCAUAAAUAAAAACUAAAAUUAAAUUAACUUUAGAGACUAAAGCUAGAAUAAUAGAUCUUCAGCUAAAAGAUCAUCGUCUAAUAAGAAGUUUUCGAAUCAAAUUCUUUAUCAGAAGCUCUAUUAAAAUUAGCAGUCAACUGAGAAGAAACCACCCUUAGAUAAAUCAGCUAAAAAGAAGAUUAUUUCAAGAAUACCUUAGGAUGAGAAAUAAAGUGCUCAAAAAGUCAUUUAUAAUAAAAGUAACUCCUAUAGUGAUUUUUAAGUAAGCAAUAUGAAUAAGAGCUCAAAGAAGAUAGAUUUUUCAAUUGUUGAAUAAAAAAUAGAGCCAGUCGAAAUAUUCACAAAUAUUUCUGAAUGCGACUUGAGAGAUGCUAAUGUUUAGCAAGAUAGAAAGGUAACGUCUAGUAUGGAUAAGCAUAAGAUGAGCAUGAAAAAUUAAAGUGAGAGCUGUGCGAAUUGCAAAAAUUAUGAAAAAUAGUACUUCCAAGCAGAGGCUAAGAUCAUGAAAUAGCAAGAUAAUUAUGUAAAAGCUUAAAAGGAAUUUGAUCAGAAAGUCUAAGAACUUUCAGAUCAAGUAAUGGAGAAUCAAUCUUUGCUCCCUUAAUCAGAAGAUGACAUUGAUGUCAUAAGACAAAUAAUCGAAUAGUAACCUUAAAGAAUUAUUCAAAGAAUAGAUAAUAUUUUCACUGAGUUAACUUUCUUAAUGGAUGCUGUAUAAUUCUAGGAAUUAGAUCCAAGAAUUAAAGUUAUUUUAUAGCAGCAUAUUGAAUAACUCAUGUAGAUCUCUGAAGAAAAAAAUAUCUUUGAUAAUAUUGGUUAAUAAUCUCUUGAAUCUUAGGAAGUAAAAUUAGAUAAAUAAAAAUUAAGUUAAAAUUCUAAAAAUAACCCAAUCAGUUAGUAACUAGAAAAUAAUAACAUGAAAAAUAAUUAAAAUAUUUUGAGUAAUUCUACUUAUCAAAAUCUCAAUGUCACAUCAAUUAGCAAAGAUAAAAGCUUGAUAUAGAGUCAUGGGAACAUAUAUUCACCAAAUCAAAAUAAAAUGGUAGUAUAAUCACACUUUUCUGACAAUACCUAAAGAAGUGAAUAGCCAGUAGAGGAUCUUGAUAGUGUUUAACUUAUGGCAAUGAGAUUAAAUAAACUUUAGAUGUAAUAAUCUGCAAACAGUAAAUCUUCAAAGUAUGAUAAAAAGGUGAAUAAAACUUAGGCCGAGCUCUAUAAAUAAUCUAGCAAUUAAAUAAAAAAAUUAGAUGAUUACGAGGAAUACCCUCAUCCCUACACCUUAGAUGACUAAAAUGAUCUCAGCUUUAAUGAAAGAAGUUAAUCCAACAGCGGAAACAAUGAUGAUAUAGAGGAACUUAAUUCUGAGGAUAAUGUUUUCAAUCAAAAUAAUCUUUAAAAGAAAGCUGAUCUUUCAGCUUAAAAGAAUAAAUAACAAUAGAAUUUACAGCAGUAGCAUCAAUAAAAGAAGUAUCCAAAUCAAUAAUAAAAUCAUUUACAGUAGCAAUACUAUAAAUAAAGUCAAAAUAUGAAUAAUGAAGAUAUUGAGGAUUUAUACUAUGAUGAGGAUGAGGAUGCUAUAUAGAAUUAUUGA